CAAGAAAACAAAACAUCGCAGCUCGCCUUCUGGCAUCCGGUUCCGACGUUGCCGCCGUCUCACCUUCGAAGUCGUCGCCCUCGCCGUCAGUCCACCAUCCGCCACCGUCUCCGUCGCUCCACCAUCCGCCGCCGUCUCCGUCGCUCCAACCUCCGCCGCCGUCGCCUCUUCCCUCCUCUAUUGCCGUCGUGCCUCUUCCCGGCCUCCUUUGCCGCCGUUAAGCUCCUACAGAGAUGAUGGCUUGGAUUGAAAAAAGAACAGAACUUGACAUCGCUCUGCUUGAGGAUAUUUCUCAGUUAAAAGAUGACGUGUCCAACUGUUAAAAGGUUCCAUUUUCAGCUAGGCCUAUCUCAACUAGAAAAGAUCAUCAGGACCGAUAAAAAGCCCUAUGUUGUAUUGGUGGUGGCAAUCUCACAGACAAAGCUCCUUGCAAGUUUUAAUGCAGAUUGGUGCAUAAAUUAUAGUAACCCUCAUAAGGGUCAUGAGUUUGGGUAUUUCUCUUUUGGUGGAAGUACAGUAAUUUGUGUCUUCGAAAAGGUUUAUCUUGAUCCUGUUCGGGUUGUUGCGCUUGGUAGGAAAAUAGAAGAUCUCCUUACUAAUCCAGGAAAUGAUGAAUGGUUAUCAUUAUCUGCAGAACUCUGUGGUAGGACGCAUAUCUCAAUACAUCUAAAUUUGAAAGAUAUGUGGAAGGCAAUCCAGUGACGGACCAAUAUCCAGACCACAAUAAUAGAGUCAGCUGUGUGGCAGCUAAAGGCGGGAAAGUUGGUCACUGUGAGAAAUAAGUUAGUAGGUACUAACAGCAACUAAGUGAGUAAGGGAGUUCAGAUAUACUUUCAAAUGAUGUACACUUUGUUGUUUAUACAUUUAGAAAUUAUUAGGAGACUAUAUAGGAAUGUUAGAUUUUGAUUGUAUAUUGAUGAAUGAAUUCUCUUCAAGCA